GCAAAACAAAAAAACUUCUGUGUGACUCAAAUUUCCGAGAUAACAUUCUGUGUUGUGCCUCAUUCGUUGUCUGUUCAUGCAAACAAACUUCUCUCUUUGAUCCGGAACGAUGCGCUGAGGAAACAAAGCGAAAUGGCAGAAGAAGAUAUCAGUCCGUCAUCGUCGUCGGUGAGCACAUUGGCAAACUCACGCAACUUUGCGGGCAGCGAUUGCGAAAUUUUAGACGAAAAUAUUAUCAUAGCUGAAAUAAGUGAAAUUGAACCGACGGCAGCUUUGUUGCGGUAUUGCAAGAGAAAGUUUCAUCGACCGUUCGUGGCGAUCCUGAGCUUUGUGGGCCUCAAACCUAUGACAAUAGAUGCCGAUUGGUACUCCUGGCUGGGACACGUGCAAACUUUUCUCAUCUUAACCUUCCUCAUUCUCGGUUAUGUGCUGCAAUUUGUGACAGGAUUCCGACGCGAUCGUGGCUUCGUAACUGACGUCCCAUCGAAAAUUGGCUAUUCGGAAAACGAUGAAUUCUACGUUUAUCAAUACAAAAAAUAUUUCGAGACCGGAGAGAUUGUCUUUACUUACAUAAUUCCGUCGGUGCUGCAUCUGAGUGGAUUUCUCGCGGCCAUUUAUGUGUACAGAAUUGCCGAUAAUGAGCUGCUUCAAAGUCUCAUUGAACGAGUUUUUAUUCUGAGUGUCAAUGUGAGACGACUUGUGAUCGAUUUCUGGGUUUAUAAGGCAAUUGCGUUGCUGUGGCUCGGAUUUUCAGUUGCCUAUAUCACGUUUAUUGGGAAGGAACAGGCGGGAAUUGCCAAAAAUCAUUACAUUAAGUUGGCGAAUGUGACAGACACGGAAGGUAUCUUGAAGGUUAUCUUAUACGUUUGUCUGCUCUGCCACGACCUCGUCCAAGUCGUCAUCAUCUCCAGCUACAGCAUUUUGUGCUACCUCCUGCGCUGCUACCUGAAUCUCCUGAAGGAAAAACUCCUCUUGCACUCCAUCGAACCGCUCGAAUGGAUGCGCGAAAUUUGCGAAUUCCGCAAACACUUGCAUCACCUCAACUGUCGCAUCGCCAUUCCCGUUUCGCUGCUCACCCUACUGAAUCUCAGCUACUGCUUUUCGAGCAUCAUCCACCUUUUUCGCGACAUGAACACGUGUCCCGUCAAAAUUUUCAGCAUGAGUCUCGCCAACAUCGUUUUAUGGAUGGUUUUGGCGCUCGUGCCGUUUUUUCAAGCAGCUGCCUUGACUGUCACGUGCCGGGCGACACAAAGUUGCGGACAUUUAAUCAGCAUUCGACCGUUCGUGCAUCGAAAUACGGCAGCGGAGGAACUGAAUACGAUUCUGUUGUACGCUUCGUCGCUGAAAAUGACCGCGAAAUUGUUCCGAGUCCCGAUUAUUUCGCAUUACGUGUGUUUUUUCCUGCUUCUUUGCAUAAUUGUCAUACUUACCUUUGGCAUGUGCAUCAAUCUCUCCGUUGGACUUUUCUGA